CCCAAGAUGCUCGCCCGCUCAGCCUUCCGCGCCACCGCGGCCCCAUCCCUCGUCGCCCGUCGCGGCUUCCAGAGCACGCGCGCCCAGCUCGCCAGCCCCUACCACUACCCCGAGGGUCCCCGCAGCAACUUGCCCUUCGACCCGCUGAAGAAGGGCUUUGCCUUCAAGUACUGGGGCUUCAUGGCGACCGGCUUCCUCCUUCCCUUCGGCCUUGCCGGUGAGCACUUGACGCACCCACCCAUUUCCCUACGUACAUAUCUGACUUUCACCGCGCAAAUCGUGGGGAGGUCGCUCCUGCGGUUUUCCGGCGAGGAUCCGCUCCCUCUCGCAGCUACCGCCUGGGAUGCCGCCUCAAAUGCUUCCAUAUGUGCUUUUGGGCCUUCCGAAUCACGUGCAACUAUCGAGCUCAAAAGACUACAUGACGGCAGCGAUGGUGCAGAAAAGAGGCUGGAGACCAUCGCAUCGUGGGAUGCACCGUGCCCGCUACCCUCGCUUACCCAUGACUCAGUAUUGAGUCUCCAUCAUUUCGCCGACUCGUCGACCUCAUGUCUGGUGUUAGCCGGAGGAGACAUCAUAUUGGUACGAGAGCAACCCGAGGAUGGUCAAGAUCUUGUUGAGAUUGUCGGGUCGGUAGAUGCGGGAAUUUCGGCUGCUGCGUGGUCGCCUGACGAGGAACUUCUGGCGAUUGUUACACAGGCCGAGACAUUGCUGCUGAUGAGCCGCGACAUUGACAACAUCGCCAGUGUCACGCUCUUGCCUGAAGAUGUCAACGCCUCGAACCAUGUGUCUGUGGGGUGGGGCAAGAAAGAGACCCAGUUCAAGGGCAAAAGAGCAAGGGCUCUGCAGGAUCCCACCGUGCCGGAGACUGUCGACGAAGGUGUGCUCAGUCCGUUGGAGACUCACUCCGUGGCCAUCAGUUGGCGUGGUGACGGCGCCUACUUCGCCGUCAAUACCGUCGAGCAAAAACGACGCAGGAUGAUCCGAGUGUAUUCCCGGGAAGGCCAGCUCGACAGCGUGAGUGAGCCCGUCGAUGGUCUUCUAGGCACCCUCAGCUGGCGACCAUCUGGCAACCUUAUUACUAGUAUUCGCCAUACUAUCGAAAAAUUCGAGGUAGUCUUCUUUGAGAGGAACGGUCUUCGUCACGGCCAAUUUGAUCUUCGGUUGAGACCCGAGGAGCUGCAGAACCUAUCGAUACCAUUGACUCUAUCGUGGAACAGCGAUUCCAGCGUGUUAGCAGUGUCCUAUCCCGAAAAAGUGCAACUAUGGACCAUGAGCAACUACCACUAUUAUCUGAAACAGGAGUUGCCUUUCCCAGAACAGGCUGCGGCAACCGUUCACUGCUCUUGGGACCCCGAGCGGCCUCUAUCUGUGGCAUUUUACACUGCGGGCUCACUCCAGAUCCUAGAGUAUGCAUCAACAGUUGCUGCUGGAUCUGUAGCACCGCCGCAUGAUUUCGGAGUUGUCGCUUCAAUCGAUGGUCUGAGCCUGAAAAUAACACCUUUACGUAUUGCCAAUGUCCCUCCUCCAAUGUCAAUGCUCCAGCUUCCGCUGGAUCGUAAUGUUGUUGACGUUGCAUUUUCCCGCUCAGGCACGCGUCUGGCGGUCUUGUCCGACAAGGACGUUGCGUUAUUCGCAUUUGACUUGCAGAAACGACCAGUCACUCGACCGAGUUUCCUUUGGAGCGGUGAUUUCUCGGAGGGUCAUUCUCCCCGUCAAGUCACUUUUGUUGGCGAAGAUCAACUGUGCGUUCUAACGGACGUGUGGGACGAGGAUGAGACUUUUGUGUGGACAAACGAGGACGAACAACUCGUGAACAGGGGCCCAAUCUUAGAACCCGGCAGAUUUUCUUCAAUAGCCUCUGACGUGGAAUCUUCGAAACUACUUGUCAGCCUGCGCAAUGGCGAGUACACAUCGGUAGUUGAGAUGAGGACGGACGAAACAGUAAAAACCACGCCCCUAACAAACCUGCCUUCUUUCGCCCCCGAAAUCAAGACUGCAACACUAGAAGGAGAGCCCGUGGCUUUCGGACUGGCAAAGAGUGGUGCCCUGUACGCCAACGAGCGAGUUCUAGUGAGGAACUGCACGUCAUUCGUCGUGACCCCCGCCCAUCUGAUCCUCACCACUACGCAACAUCUGUUGAAGUUUGUUCACCUAACAAGCUUGAAUGAACUCGAAGUACCUGGGGAUGAGCCCCAAACGGAUGAACGAUGUCGGAGUAUCGAGCGCGGGGCAAAACUUGUCACAGUCAUGCCAACUACUUACUCCGUAGUUCUCCAGAUGCCGAGAGGCAAUCUCGAGACAGUCUACCCCCGAGCUCUUGUGCUUGCUGCGAUCAGGAGAUUUAUAGAAGCUGAGAAAUAUGAUGAGGCAUUUUUGGCCUGUCGCAAUCAGCGCGUUGACAUGAACAUACUGCACGAUCAUGAUCCAGAACGAUUCUUGACGAGCGUCGAGAAGAUCGUUACGCAGAUCAACAGGGUGGAUCAUAUUGAUCUUCUCCUCGCGCAGCUAAGGAAUGAGGAUGUGUCGGAGACGAUGUAUCGUGAGACCUUGAAAGCCAAGGAUCUUACGACCAAGAAGAAGUUGUCCAGUGAACAGGUAGAGUCAAAGGUCAAUCGAAUCUGUGACGCUCUUCUAGCAGUGUUGGAGCAGGAGAGGUACAAGAAUGAUCAUCUGCAGAAUAUCAUUACCUCUCACGUAUGCAAGACUCCUGCAGACUUGGAAACAGGGUUGCAGUUGAUAGGUCGCUUGCAAAGUACCCAAGAUCCUCUCACUGACAGGGCUGCGGAACACAUAUGCUUCCUUGCAGACGUCAAUCAACUGUACGACACGUCCCUCGGGAUCUAUAACCUCGAGCUUGCACUACUUAUCGCGCAACAGUCACAGAAGGACCCGCGCGAGUACCUUCCUCAUCUCCAAUCUCUCCAAGAACUUUCUCCUCUUCGUCGAAAAUAUCAGAUCGACGACCAACUGGGCCGCCGCACCAAGGCGCUCUACCAUCUUAAAGAUCUAGAAGCCCACGAUGAAGUCCAAGAUUAUGCCCAGAAGCACGGUCUUUAUCCUGCAGCACUCAGCAUGUAUCAAUACGAACCUGCCCAUUACAAGAAUAUCAUGCGUCUGUACGCAGACUACCUCUCAACAACCAACAAGAACAAAGAGGCUGCCAUUGCCUACGAAUACCUCUCCGAUCACACCUCUGCCUGGCCCUGCUAUUUAUCCGCCAACCUCUGGCGCGAAGCUCUCUCCUCUGCCAUUCUCGCUGGCAUAUCCCCUAGCGAACUCGAACAACUUGCCACGGACCUCGUCGACGGCCUUACAGAGUCAAAAGACUACUUUUCCGCGAGUACCAUCACCUUAGACUAUCUCUCCGACCUUCAAGGCGCAGCCCGGCUCCUCUGCCGGGGCGCAUACUUCGCCGAGGCAAUACGCAUUGUUACUUUACGCCAACAAUCAUCUCUCAUCACCGAAGUUAUCGACCCCGGUCUCGUAGAGAGGUCUGCAGACAUGACCGAGUUCCUCGCAGAAAUGAAAUCCCAACUCCUGGCUCAGGUCCCGCGUCUGCGCGACUUGCGUACGAAGAAAGCAGAGGACCCGCUCGCUUUCUACGAAGGGACAGAAGAUGCCAACAUUCCCGACAAUAUAUCACUCGCACCCACGAAUACUACCUCGGGAGGCACAUUUAUGACAAGAUACACCAAUCAGACCGGCACGGUCAAUACGCAAACUACGCGCAAGACGUCUAAGAACAAGCGGAGAGAAGAGCGGAAGAGAGCGAGGGGAAAGAAGGGCACUGUCUACGAGGAAGAGUAUCUCGUUAAUUCAAUCGAGCGCUUGAUUGAACGAAUCAAUGGUAUGCAGGACGAGAUCCAGAGACUUGUCGAGGGCUUAAUGAGAAGGGGCAUGAGGGAGAGGGCAGUCGCUGUGGAGGCGGCUGUGAUGGAUGUUGAGGAGAGGUGUAGAGAAGCAGUCAAGGAGAUCUAUCCGCCGACGGAAGGGCUUGGUGCAGUCGGCGAGAGUCUGAUAACGAGUGGUGUCGCUGCGGACAGUGGAAAUCCUGCUGAACCGGCGAUCAGGCCUAGUGGAGGGGAUGCGACGCUUUGGGACAGCUUGGCAGAAGUGGGUAAAAGGAGGGAGGCCCCGCCUGUCAAGACAUUUGAGAGGUUGAGCUUGCUAGGGUAAGGUGGCGGAGGCGAUCGCUCUGAUCCGACAGACCACAGCAAGCUGCAAGUUCAGCAUUGUCUCGAAUGACUCGAUGUAGGCAUACAGCCUUUAACCCUUAAAAACUCAGGC